UGCAAGGGGUUAACUACCCUUUCAGUAUUCAUCCAUACAAACUCCAUGCCAGAUCAACAAUCGCAUUGCACAACAUGUCUUUUUGGCUACAAGCCGCACUAUUCCUCUUACUGGGUCAUCGCACAAUGGCUCUCCUCUUUCCCCUUCCUCAAACUGUCACCAGCGGGAACACUGUCAUAGCUAUAGGCAACAGCCUGGACGUCAUUUUCAAUGUACAAGGUAGCAUUCCUGAGGACUUGGCGGCCGCAGCCGAGAGGGCAGUCGGAUACGUGACCGAAAGCGAACAUCAUUACCUAUCUCCCGAACGCGGGAAAGAGUUCCUCCUGAACAACGAUCCACCGGUGCUCACUGCUCUGGAGAUCAUCUUACAAGGUUCUGACUACGGCACGAUCGCUUCCGAAGUGUCUAAAGAGGCGGGUGACAGGAGGGAAGCCUACGAGCUGGAUAUCCCGGCGGACGGGGGGAACGCUAGGUUGACAGCUACGAGCAGCUUGGGAGCACUCAGGGGUCUGGCUACAUUCGAGCAAUUAUUCUAUGGAGUUCCGCCUGUAGAGAGCGGAAAGGCAGCCGACCUCUUGUCACCGGGGUCGCAAGAGGUCUUCGGACAGCGGAUCCGUUACAGGGCAUUCAGCCCGGCGGCACCGUACCAUAUCGAAGAUCGGCCUGCCUUCCCUUGGAGAGGGUUCAUGCUUGAUACAUCUCGUCACUACUUUAGCAAGGAGACUAUUCUUCGAACUCUGGACGCGAUGGCGCUGGUCAAGCUGAAUGUGUUUCACUGGCACAUGACGGAUAGUCAAUCCUGGCCAUUGUCUCUGCCAGGAUUUAGAGACUUGGCAGAGAAGGGCGCUUACUCUGCGAGGGAGACCUACAAUGAAGAGGACGUCGGCGAGAUCACAAAAUACGCCGCCGAGCGAGGAAUCGAUGUGGUCAUCGAAAUGGACAUGCCAGGACAUACCGCUAGUAUUCAUCAUGCUCGGCCGGAAUUGGUGGUCGGUUACGCCAGAGAACCAUGGACCCGCUAUGCCGCUCAGCCUCCCGCGGGCCAGUUGCGCUACAUGGAGGACGAUGUUACGCAGUUUAUGGUGGAUCUGCUUGGAAAGCUCAAGGCAUAUAUCCCGUCGCCGUAUUUCGCUACGGGAGGGGACGAAAUCAACGAGAACGUCUACAAGGACGAUGACCGAUCUCGAGCGACCUUGAAACGCAAAGGGUGGACGCUGAAAGAGGCGCUGAACGCGUUCAUGGAUUCUACUUGGCAAGCGCUGCAGCCAAAGAUUCCUGUCGUGUGGCAAGAGAUGGUGCAGGAGCAUCGAGUGAGCUCGUUGCCCGAUAAAGCGGUGGUUCUCAUCUGGAAGUCCAGCAAAGACGUCUCAAACAUCGUGAAACUCGGGCAUCCCAUCGUUCACGUUGGCUUCGAUCACAUGUACCUGGAUUUAGGAGGAGGGGGAAACAUCAUUCCUCCUUCGGGGAAAAAGGAGCCGAGUUGGCAUGCUCACCCUUUCAAUACCUGGUAUCACAUCUAUAGCUUCGACCCGUACAAAGGCGUCAAGGCCAGCCAGCGCCAUCUUGUCUUGGGCGGCCAGACUGUCCUUUGGAGUGAGACAACGGACGAAACCAAUGUGGACAGCAAGAUCUGGCCGAGAGCGGCAGCCAUAGCCGAAAUAUAUUGGUCGGGUGGGGGCGAUAAUGGGUUCCCCUUAGAUCCGUCAAAAGCCCUCGCGCGUUUCCAGGAUUUGCGCUAUCGGCUUGUAGCCAAGGGCGUUUCUGCGACGCCGUUACAGCCUCAUUGGUGUGCGAUCCGACCGGGCUCUUGCGAAUUCAUAUAGGCUGUGCACUCCCCUAUCCGCGCUUUUUGCAGCUUUUUGUACAACUA